UAGUUCGGUCAGUACGUCACGCAUGCCCCUCCUCCUUUCCCCCUCACAGGACGACUACUUAGCUCGAAAAAACUUCCAGUAAAGUCACCCAGAUUCCCUUUUCGUUGUAUCUAGUCUUUCAGAUGGUGGCGCACUUUAUAUUGAUAGCUGAGGCGGGUGGUUUCGGUUGAUAGAAAGUGUAAAAAAAAAAAAUAAAUAAACCAAGAAAGAAAAAAAAAACAACAGCAAAAACCCGACGUGCAAAACCUUUUUAAUCGCUUUGUUGGGGUCAGUAACCUGUGAGGGAACUCAAAGGCAUUAACAGGGGAGAAACUUUGUAUACUGGGAUUUAUCUUGUUGACAGCACUCAAACGUUUUUGGUCAUUUUCCCCACUACCAGUGGACUAAAGCAAAUUCCUGUUAAAUUCUGAAGGAAGCUACCAGCACACCUGCUUUCAGAGACGACAAGGUUCUUUGCCACUUUCCGUCUUUUUAGUGGAGUUGGUGACACAAGAAAUCAAGGGAGGAAAGAAGGAAUACAGGAGGAGGAGAACUUCAACAGUUGUUUUCUCCUUCCUACUCUGCAAAGAUGUAUGCUGAAAAAAUUGUAAAAGAGGGGAAGAUGGUGAACAGGGGGAUCUCGCUCACCUGUGUGUUAACCCCUUGCCGCCUGAUGGGCGUGUGUGUGAUGCUCAUGACCUUGGGAGCCAUUGGAGCAGCAAUCUGGGUCAUAGUCACAUAUUGCACUGUGGAGGAAGAUACAGGACACUACGAUGUCCAAGUAAAUUCUGCCGACCAACAUCUCAGAAUCUUCGAUUCCACUCAGAAGAGGUGGCGUCAAGUGUGCUCCUCCUCAGCCAAUGAGCUUCUGGCUCGGGUCAGCUGUGAGGAAGUGGGCUUUGUCAGUGUGGUGAAUUACUCGAUCACGUCCGUGCAAGAUGUCGGCAGUGAUGGAGGCUUCUUCUGUGUCAGAACCGAAGAGCUGAGCUUUGGCAAGAAAAUCAAAGAUGCUUUGUUCCUAUGCGACUGUGAGAGCAAGCAAGUCCUCACAUUGUUAUGCCAAGAUUGUGGCAGGCGUAGUUUUGCAGCAGACCGCAUCGUCGGUGGCAUGGAAGCGAGGCAAGGCAUGUGGCCGUGGCAGGUCAGCUUGCAGUACAAUGGAGUUCAUCAGUGUGGCGGUUCGAUCAUCUCCGACCGCUGGAUUGUCUCUGCAGCUCACUGCUUCCCCAAGCGUAAUGGCUUUAUUAGUCACUGGCGUGUGUUGAUGGGCUCCAUCUACAACAAACCAGCCAAUGCCAACGUGGCGGAAGUGAAAACUAUCGUUUACCAUGGCAACUACCUGCCCUUUGUGGUCAAUAGCAUUGACGAUCACAGCAGCGACAUUGCUGUACUGGCCCUCGCUAAGCCCAUCACCUUCAAUGAAUAUAUCCAACCCAUUUGCCUGCCAGCAUACGGCCAAAGAAUAAGAGACGGACAGAUAGGCACAGUAAUAGGCUGGGGGAGCUUAGGAGACUCUGGCGAUGAAACGGACGUUCUGCAUGAGGUGAACGUCCCCGUCAUCAGUGACGCUAUGUGCAAUGCGCCUGAUUACUACUACAACCAGAUCACCGGCAGCAUGUUCUGUGCUGGCUUUGAGAAGGGAGGUGUGGAUGCUUGCCAGGGAGAUAGUGGCGGCCCCUUUAUGGCAGACGACCGCUUGUCCAAAACCAGCCGAUACCGUUUGCUGGGGGUGGUGAGCUGGGGAAUAGAAUGUGCCACGGCAAAAAAGCCAGGCGUUUACACCACGGUUUCCCGAUUUCUGCCAUGGAUAUCGACUGCCAUGAGGAACUAUAACAACUCACCAGGGAUUCACAAAAUGGCACGUGCAUGACUUUUGCACCCAUGUUUCCAUGCUUGCCUCUCUCACUAAAGAGUAUUAGUGUAUGUUUUCGAUGGAGUCAGCUUUGGGUUCCUGAUUUUUAUUUUUUUUAAAUCCUUCUGCAUGUCUUGCUUUUUGUGUUCCCUUUUUCUGUAUUCUGAAUUUGUUUAGCGCAACACCCAAAAGGUCAAAGGCAACCUGACAGGUUGGUAUCCUCUGCUGCCGUUGUCCAAGUGCACCUCAAUUAAUAUGUUGAUGACAAUUUUCACUUUUAAUGACAGAUGGCCAUCAAAUUGCAUCUUUUUGUGAUGAAAAGUGCUGCGAAUGGGUCGUGGCUCUGAAUGGAUUGGCUAUAAUUGCAUAUUUUCUUGGCCCCUUUGGCGAGCUAUGUCUUGGAGAUCCUGGUUGCAGAGGUUAUGACUUUUCAUUUUUCUUAUAUUCUGUGGAGGACACUGUAGAUUGGUAUGAUUUUCUUUGCUUCGUUUCCUCAGGCACUAUGAAACCAGGAUUGUUGAUUGCUUGUGAUAAUCCCACAAAGGCACUUUUAUGAGACACCGCAGUAGCAAUUGUAAAGAGGAAAAACAAAUUGCAAUCGUUGUGAUACACAAAGGCUCACAUUCAUUUUAAAAAAAUGAAAGUUCUACAUUGUUCUGUGAGAUUGACACCAAAGGGCGUCACUUUUGGGGACAAGUAUCACUCGUUCUCAGUUGGUUCCAUAAAGAACCAAGCAUGAUUCAGGAGUUCUAUACUGCAUAGCACCAAAUGAGAGCCAAAUCGUUCUUGGAUAUGAAACCAAAUGGUCCUUUGGUUGGAGUUCUAAAGAACUCCUGGGUGCCUUAUAGAUUCAAGCAUGCUAUAUAGAACAGUCACCUUUCUACAGGACCAGUAAUGAUGAAGACCUAAAAAAAAAUAUA